CCACUUCAAACUCUCCCCUUUCGUCCUUUCUCUGGUUUCUUCUCUUAGCCACAAUUCUCUGUCCUUUUAUAUCGUAUAAGAUCAUCUCUUCCAAUUCACUAUGUUUGUAUCGCCCACGCCUAAAUUAUUCCUUUCCAAUUUUCCAAAUUCACUCAGAAAUCUCCUCCAUUUCAGACGUAGAAGUUAGAAAUUUCCACCGUUUAAGAUGCAUGGCAUCCAUUUCAAAGAGAUUCAGGAGAAGCUCUCAGAGGGUUUUCGGCCGUGGCAACGCUCUGUUCAGUUCUGGGUUCGCGCCGCCGACAUCUACACCGGCUACAAGGUGUUCCAACUUCGGGUGAGUUUGGUUAAGGAUGCGAAGAAGCAGGAGGAAUUGUGGGAACGACAGCAUGAGUUUGCUGCUGAGAAAAUUUACGCUAUGUGCUCUGACCUUGGUGGGUUCUUCCUUAAGAUUGCACAAAUUGUGGGGAAACCGGACCUGGCUCCAGCUGCGUGGGUGAGAAAGCUCGUCACAUUGUGUGAUCAAGCUCCUGCUACACAAUUCAAUGCAGUUCAAGAUGUUCUAGAGAAGGAAUUAGGUAAAAGCAUUGGUGAAAUCUUUGAAAGAUUUGAUGAGAAGCCUCUUGGAUCUGCAUCCAUUGCUCAGGUUCACCGAGCAAGAUUAAAGGGCGACAAGAGUGAUGUUGUUGUCAAGGUUCAACAUCCUGGUGUUGAAAAAUUGAUGAUGACAGAUAUAAGAAACUUGCAAGUAUUUGCCUUAUACAUGCAAAAGACAGAUAUCAAAUUUGACCUGUACUCGAUAACAAAGGAAAUGGAGACACAGAUUGGGUAUGAAUUUGAUUUCACAAGAGAGGCUAACGCAAUGAAGAGGAUUCGACGUUUUCUAUAUGAAAACAACAGAAAGAGCCCUGUUUUGGUUCCUAGGGUGCUGCGAGAUAUGGUGACCAGGAGGGUAUUGGUAAUGGAGUACAUUAAUGGAACCCCGAUCCUGAGCCUUGGUGAUGAAAUGGCUAAGAGAGGGAUAAAUCCUCGUGCUUGUCUCGAUAGCUAUCAUGCUUUAGAAACCCAUUUGCUCUUUCGCAUCGUCAAUUGGUUCGCUUGCAUUUUCAACGUUUUCCGAAUCCACUUUGGAAUUUUUUGUUGUCCUUUCGCCCCCAGCAAUAUUCUUGACAGUUUAUCCGGAGCAUACGGUCAAAUGAUACUGAAGAGUGGCUUCUUUCAUGCGGAUCCGCAUCCCGGAAAUAUCUUGAUCUGUAAAGGUUCAGAGGUUGCCCUGCUGGACUAUGGGCAAGUGAAGGAACUGCCCGACAACUUACGACUUGGUUAUGCGAAUCUCGUCAUUGCCAUGGCUGAUAACGAUCCUUUACGUGCAUCACAGAGCUUUCGGGAGCUAGGUAUAGGUACAUUUUGCAAGCGCGAGAAUGAACAGCAAGAGCUUCUAAGGUUAGCGCAAACGAUGUUCGAUACGAAGAUGCCUCCUGGUGUCCGAGCUCUGCAACCCUUUUCGGAAGAAUCUUCCAUUAAAAAGAUUGCUGUCGAGGCAUUUCCGGAGGAGCUGUUCUCGGUUCUUCGCACUGUACUUCUCUUAAGAGGGCUCAGCGUCGGGCUCGGGGUUAACUACUCAUGCGCAGAACAAUGGAGACCUAUUGCGGAAGAGGCUCUCCGUCUGUCCGGAAGACUUCCGACGGCCACGGAUAGGCAGCGAAAAUCUCGUAGAAGGACUUCUCUUAGACGAUUGUACGCAUAGUAGACUAGGUUUUCCCUUGCUUGCGUCGCACGGAAGGUCAAACUUGAGGAACAGUUCAUCAUUUUUCUGCGGCUUAAUCUUUUCUUUUUAUUAAAAAUGUACGAAUAUUUUUUUUUCUCCUCCAAAGUUGCUCUCUUUUGCAUAAUUGAUUUUGUAAUUUUUGCUUGCCAUAAGUUGUCCACUUUGGACAUGAUCAAGAUUCAAGACUUGAGUUUCUCCC